CGUUUUUUUAAUAACAUAUAUGUUAGCAUCGUUUUUUUUCUCUCUCUCUCUCCUUUUUCGUUGGGAAUAUAUAUAGAACUCUUUUCACUAUGAACUGCUAUCUGGAUUUAUAAAAGAUAGAUAUUAUUGCGCCACCUUGUGAGCAAAUUUUAGGACAGGGGGAUAACUUAAGAUAAGAGCUGCGUGGUGUUGCAGUCGGCAUUGUCUCAGUGAAGUGCCACUGAUUCUUCGGUUUUAAAAAUGUCAACCCCAGUAGAGGACACAGCUACAGAACCUGCAAAUGUUGAGAGUGAGCAUGAAGGAGCUGAACAACUAGGAGAAGAGUUGGAUGAGGAAGCUGAUGAGGAGCACACUGAAGAAAUGGAAGAUGGUGAUGAGGAACAUGGAGGAGAAAUGGAAGAUGAAGAGGGAGUAGAAAUGUUUAUGACAGAUAACUGGGAUGUUGUAGAUGAAGCCUCAGGAUCUGAACAUGAUGGUGAUGAUGGGGGAGAGAUUGAUCAUGACCUACAGAUCGAUGACAGUGAUAUACCUACUGGUCCUAAGUACGAUGCACAUGAAGGUGACAUGGAAGACGACUUGGAAGCUAGUUAUGAUGAAGAAUUUAAUGAGGAGGAGGGAAUGGGAGAAUCUGCUGAAGGUGACCAGAAAAAAGAUCCAACAUUAACUGAUGCACCAGAAAAUGAAGAAGAUUCAAAGAAAGAAAGUACAACCUCUGAUAUUGAUUCUAAAGAUACAGAGACUUCUAAAGAUAAGAAUGCAACUGAAAUAACAGAAACCUCAGAAAAAAAUGCUGGUCAAAAAGAAGGAGGUAAGGUGGUAAAUUCAGAGGGGAAUGAUGCCAAAGCUGCUGAAGUUACAGGUGACGAUGCAGACAAUGCUGACAAAAAGGAAAGUGCUGAUGUCAAAAAGGAGGAAACUGAAGAAAAGGAUGAAGGAGAGGAUAAAGCAGACUUAAAGAAAGCUGAGAAAAAACCUGAUGAAGAUCAAAAGGAAGCUGAUAAAUCAAAGAGUGAUAAAAAGGAUGCUGGAAAGAGUACUAAAUCAAAAGCUAAAGCUGAGGCGGAGGCUGAAGCUAAAGCCAGAGCUGAAGCAAGAGCCAGGGCUGAAGCAAGGAGAAAGGCUGACGAGGAAGCCAUGACUAAGGAAUGGGAUAACCUGGUCGUCACUAUGGGUGAUGUGGAAGUGAGACACUUUAAAACUGAUGACUUUUUCCUAUGCCUUUGCAAAGCAAAGGAAAUCCAUAUUGAUUUUGAAGAUGACAGUGGGAUGCGAACCCUGGGUAAAAUGAAAGUCGCUUUUAAUGCUUCAAGUCCAGCACGAUAUGAAAGCCUCGUCAAAAGUCUAGCUAACAUUAGGCUGCUGGGAAUAAAGAUUGAUGAAUGCGCUGAACAUCUGUUAAAGAAAACAAAUGAAUUCUGCAGAAGACUGGGUCUGCAAGAAGGCCAUCCCAGGGACAGGUCAUUGUUCCUGAAGAAUUUACCUGAAGAUACGACAGAUUUAUCUCUGAAGGAAUACAUACCUAAUAUGGUCAGAGCUUGUGUAGCCCGCAAGCCAGGGGGCAAGGUUGUUGGCUGGGCAGUGGUUGAAAUGGAAUCUAAAGGAGAAUGUCUUGCCUUUCUUCACAAAAACAAGUUCAUCAAGAUCGGCAAGCAUCAAGUGCGGGUCAGCAGAAUGACCUCAAUAGGUAAACCUGAGAUUCCAACAACACCACGUGUACAGCAAUGGCUGUGGGGAAAACUCUUCUACUUGUCUGACAAGAGAAGGGAGUACUGGAACAACAAACAGAACAACCUCCAAAACAACCGGUCUUCCCUGGAUAGACGAACUGUUGGUAGGUUCAGUCGCGGAAACUUCCGAGACAACAAGUUCCUGAAUACUCGUGGCAGGAGACCAGGCAUCCGGGGCACUGGUCUGAGGUCAAACAUGAACCUAGGAAUGAGGUCAAAUAUGGGAAUCCCAGGGCUAAAUGUCAAUUUAGCAGCUCAAAACCUGGGUGGCAUGGGAAUGGGCCCAUCAAAUAUGGGGAGCAUGAUGGGACAAGGAAUGGGAGGAAACAUGGGGAGCUACAACAUGGGAUCAGCUAUGGGAAUGGGAAAUAUGGGUAUGGCAUCUGGCAUGGGGGGGAUGGGAACUGGAAUGAUGGGGAACAUGAGCGGUGUGGGAAUGGGCAUGAGUGGAAAUUCCAUGGGAGGCCUAAACAUGAACCAAAGAAUGGGCCAAAUGGGGUCAGAUAUUCAGGGAAUGAGAACCAAUGUUGCCUCAAUGUCAAGGUCCAGAAGUAGGGAUAGACUUGACCGAAGUCUUUCCCCUAAAAGAAGCUAUGGAUCAGAAAGGUCAUUCAAUGAUCAGCGUCAAAGGAGGAGCACUGGGGGUACCAUGGAUACAGGUCGCUUCAGCAACAGGAGAGGGUCACCUAGGGAUGGAGGGAUGAGACGUACAAGUGACAUCAAUGUCCGAUCAUCCAAUUCAUCUCGAGGCAAUAGGGGCAGUUUUUCUCGUGGAGGUGGUUACACAGGUGGUAGGGGAGGUAACUACGGAGGUGGGCGAGACAAUAGAAGCAGCUUUGAUUCUGGCAGAGAUGGAAGCUUCGAUAGAGACCGUAGAAGUCGUAGAGACAGCGAGGACUUUAGCCGAGACUAUAAGGAUUACAACAAAGGUAGUAGUUAUAGUGAUCACAGCGACUAUGAGGAGGACUACAACAGAGGCGGAUCUCGCUACAGUCGAGAUGAUGAUUAUGAUCGGCCAUCAAGAUCCUCCGACAGAAUGGGACAGAGUUCAGCACCAAGGAGAAUGCAACAGAUCACUAAGAGGAGGGAGAGAAGCCCCAUGUGGGAUGAUCGGGACUAUGACAACUCCCCUAGCAUGGAACGAGAUGAUGAAUCCAGGGGAAGAGGGAUGAAAAAGACAGCUUCUCGCAGGGACCUAUCCGAAAAGCUUGGAGUUGUCCUCUCAAAUGAAAGACAAGGUGUCCAAGAUGAUCGUGCUAUGGUGGCUCUCCUGCAAACAGCCCUAGAUGCCAUGCAGAAAAAGGAAGGGAGUAAGUCGCCUGCCCGUGCCACUGUCAGCAGCUCACUUGGGCGUCCAGUCACAUCCCCAUCCAUGCGCAGAUCCAAUCCCAUCCCUCUAAAGAGGAGGAAACCCUAUGAUGAGGACCUCUCACAACUGCAAAAGCGACCAAGAUCAGAAUUUUCUUCGCAAGGACAAAGUCGAGGAGGAUCCUCACUGGGUCACAGCUCUACAAUGGGGAGUGGGAGCUACUCUGGUGUACAGUCAUCACAGCAGUACCGCACCCCAUUACAGAACGAGUACUCCAAACAAAGUAUAGCACGAGGAGGAAUGAGUAGAGGUGGAAGAGGGGGUAUGAGAGGGGGGAGUAUAAGAGGGACCGCUAGAGGAACAGCUCGUGGGACAGGCAGAGGAGGAACAGGUCAUGGUGCAGCUGGCAGAGGGGGAUACAACCAAGGAGGAAAUCGACCACAGAUGGGUAUGGGCAGUAGCCAAGGAAUGACGAGGAGUUACGAGGACUAUUGAUACAGAACAUAGUGACAUCAUUAUCCUAAUGACAAUAACUACAGACAUUGUGACCCUGGAAAUUUUAACUCUUGAAGGAACAUAUAUUAGUAGAUUAAAUAUUAGAAAAGAGAAGCUGAAAUAUUAUUUGUACAUUGUGUUCAGUUUUUGUUGUACAUAUCAAACUUUAUGUAAAUAAAGGAUGGAGGUGUGUAGCUAAGUAAUUUUCUGAUACAGAGUAACAAUUCUUCAGUAGUUGGCCUCAUUUAUAGUCAAUUUUGCAAACUAUAUGUAUGUUUGCUAGUGUCUGGUCACAGGAAAAUAAAUGUGGCAGUUUACAGCUAUCCAUUUGUAUAUACAUGUAUAAUGUACAUCUAUGUUCAAAUUGUGUUUGUAAUCAUGAGAAAGUGUAUGUCACAGAAUUUAGCAUCUUAGAUGUUGUAAUAUUUACACAGCAAUUAUGUGACUUACAUUAUUAUUGAUUGUCCACUGGUUAAGGCUAAUUGGUAUCUCAUUAAAGCUUCAGAUUGUCAUUUUGUUCACACAUUGUGCAUUUGUAAUAAAGAUCUUUUUGUCAUUUUUA